UUGGCCCCCCCCCCCCCGCAUCCCUCUGCGAUGCACCCAGACUUCCAGAAGCUUUUCCGAUGUCCGGUGCAGAAUUUGCUGCAGGAUGGAUUUCUGGGGCAGCAGGGCUGGUUCUGGGGCACCCAAUCGACACGGUGAAGGUGCGGUUACAGACACAGGCCAGAUACCGGAACGCUUUGGACUGUGUGGUCAGGACAUACCAUGAGGAAACGAUCCUUGGCUUCUUCAAAGGCAUGAGCUUCCCGCUGCUCAGCGUGGCCAUGGUGAACUCUGUUGCGUUUGGGGCCUACAGCAACGGCCUGCUCUACCUGUCCGACACCCACCACCGCGAUCGCAGCGCCAACCCCCCCAGCUACAGCCAAGUCUACGCGGCUGGAUGUUUCUCAGGACUGGUGCAGGCUGUGGUCCUGGCCCCCGUGGAUCUCGUCAAAGUCCGGCUGCAGAACCAGACCCAUCCGUACGGACGCAGAGACCAGCCAGGGGGGGCCCAGCCACAAUACAGGGGUCCUCUGCACUGUGCUGCCAGCUUACUGCGGGAGGAAGGCCCCCGUGGCCUGUUCCGUGGGGUAGCGGCUCUGGUGCUUCGCGACACCCCCACCAUGGGCAUGUACUUCCUGACUUACACAGUGUUCUGCAGGGCGUUGACCGCAGAAGCACAGGAGCCAGGCUCUGCCACAGUUCUGCUUGCUGGUGGCUGCGCCGGGAUGGUUUCGUGGGCUUUGGCGACCCCGAUGGAUGUGGUGAAGGCCCGUUUGCAAAUGGACGGGGUGAAGCAAGUGGCGUAUCGGGGCGUCCUGGACUGCAUCCUCACCAGUGUCCGGCAGGAGGGCCCGCGGGUGUUCCUAAAAGGGCUGGCCCUGAACAGCAUCCGUGCUUUCCCAGUCAACGCCAUCACCUUCCUGAGCUACGAGACUCUCCUGAAGGUUCUCUGCUGAACCCCCAUUGCAUCCUCAGGAGGGGCUGGGGUUGUUGCCCUUCCUCAUUUUAUGCAAGGCUU